GCGGCUGCUCACAGUCCUGCGAAGCAUCCCUCUCGCUCUCGCUCAUCCCUUUUGGAGGCCAUGGCGCCGUUCCGAUUUCUCUGUCCUUUUCCCACGCGGAUCCCGCAUUACCGUCGGAAGGUCUUCCGGUCCUUUUCUCUCCUUCUCUCCUUCGACCGCCGUAGAUUCUCUGCCCUUCGCUCUCCCUCCAUCGGCGCCGCGCUCACGGCUGCUUUUCGCGUCGUGAAUGGUGGGGCGCGGGUGAACGCGUUCGCACGACAGUCCUUCCGCGGAUUGCGGAGGUUGUGUUGUCUGAUGUCUCGUGUGUUCGAUGUCUCUCGUUAUCAUCUCGGUGUCAGUCCACGGCGUACGGUUCCCUACAAAACACGGUUGACGUAAACUCCGCGUGGCACGGCCGUAGGGUAUACGCACGGGUGGGAGAGAGGAGCAGGAGCGGCCGCAGGAACUGGUCGCCGCUCGCUCAUCGCUUCCCGUCUUCCGACGACGUCAUUGUCGUGUUAUACCGUGCGGCGGGAGAGUCCUGUCUGUGCCGCGUCGCGUGGGUGUAUUACCGCGAUACAUACCUCAUUUCUCUCUCUUGCUAACCUCGUUGAGGUUACCGUUCGCGUCGGUGUUCUCUCUGUUAUCGUUCUCACGUUAUUCCAUCGCGGAGCGUCGACGCACACGAACCGCGUGUGCGCGUACUGCGAAUCGUGGACCACGAGUGCAUAUCCGCGUGAAUUUGCCAAUCAGUGAUCAAAACAUCUUGUGCGACGAUACUUUCCGCAAUUGUACUUUUGAACGCGAUCAUCACACGACUGUGGAUCUGUCGAAUCUAUUACGACAAUCGCGAUUGGUGAACGAGAGUCACGUGACACGCUUGAUUUUGGCGGACGACAUCAGAGAGCACUUGUGCAAUGAAGAACUCUAGAAUCUUUCUAAAACUUUGGCACGACGGAAUCUGUGUUUUCUGUAGAUUUCGACUCAUCUGCGAGUAGUAUCAAGUGAACGGCGCGCUUAGUGUGAAGCAAGCGGUGCGUUGGCGUGAAGCAAGCGCCGCGUAUGUCAGGCGAGCAGUAUGUGAAGCAAACGCAGGGAGAAAAGAUCCAAUGAGCAAUUAGCGGACGGGAUGUGAGUCACGUGACACAUGUAAAUUUCGACUAGUCUCUUUCCCGCGACUUUGAGCGAUUUUCUGCCAUUUCGCGAGACGUCGCCGGACCGGAAUCAAGUGCAUACGGAAGAAAAAAAAUGUACCGCGAGUGUUUCGGAGCGACGGUUCGUGUUUUUCGGAGUACUUACGGGAAAGUAUAGUCGUGUUGUAGAUGUCACCAGUAUAAUUGGACGUGUGACUAGAUCGUAACGGGUUCCUGCCGAAAGUGUUUCUCAAGGACUUCGUGGACAUCUGCGGAGUUGCGGAAAUGACGAGCCAUCCUUCUACCGUGACAUUCCAUGAAGUCGACGAACGACGGCGUCAGAAGGAAAGAUCGAUCGCCGAUCGUCAUUGCUGACUUGACACGAGGCUGUCGCGCGAUCCGCUCGACCUCUAGAUGAAUCACCGUGACCUAUCGUGGAGCCUACGCACGCGAGUCACAUCGAUCGAAUCAUGUACAAAAUACUGCGCCGCGGCUCCGGCCGCGUCCUGGUCCUCUGCAUCGUGGUACUGUCGCUUUUGUUGUGCCUGUACUACGUCAGCCAGGUCCAGGCGCCGUCGACGGGCCAUCCCGCCGCCGGCGCCGCCAUUCUGAAUGAGGAGCUCAGAUACGACCGCAGUCUGACCUCCGUCACGCCGGAUUACAGCGAGUCGCCGGAUGCUCAGGUGUCACUCGCCACUUGUCCCAUAAUCGUGCCGCGAAACGCCGACAUUGACGCCCAACAAGAGUUCGGGAAGUUCGACUUUCAGCCCUCAUGGAUGCGGAGCCGGGAGUAUUGGGACGACAGUUUCGAAGCGCGUUUCGCUGAGCUGCGGAAAGAUCCAACGAGGCCGCCCUUGAAGGUUAUCCUUGUGCCACACAGCCACACCGAUCCGGGAUGGCUGAAGACGUUCGAGCAGUACUUUCACAGUUCCACGAGGAGCAUCCUGAACAACAUGGUCUCGAAGUUGCAGCAGUGGCCGAACAUGACCUUUAUCUGGAGCGAGGUUUCGUUCUUAUCGCUGUGGUGGGACAGUGCUCAUCCAACGAAGAAGAUGGUCGUGAAGAGAUUAGUGAAGGAUGGUCGAUUAGAGAUGACCACUGGAGGCUGGGUAAUGACCGACGAAGCGACUUCCCACAUUUAUGCCAUGUUGGACCAACUAAUUGAAGGCCACCAAUGGCUGAAAACGAAUCUCGACGUGAUCCCCGAAUCGGGCUGGUCCGUCGAUCCGUUCGGCCACGGCAGCACAAUACCCUACUUCCUCAAGGCCUCGGGCGCGUCCGGCACGGUGAUCCAGAGGAUACAUUACGCGUGGAAGCAGUGGUUCGCGAAGAAGCAGUACGGCGAUUUCGUCUGGCGGCAGCCAUGGGAUCGCACCGGCGUCGCCGACAUGCUCACCCACAAUCAGCCCUUCGACAUUUACAACAUCAAACACUCGUGCGGCCCGCAUCCGCAUGUCUGCCUGAACUUCGACUUUCGCAAGAUACGCGGCGAGUACACAGAGUACUCGGUCCGCGCUGUCGAAAUCACGCCCAACAAUGUUAAGCAGAUGGCCGAGCUACUGUUGGAGCAAUACGCGAGAACUGGCUCCUUGUUCACUCACAAUGUCGUGCUGAUGCCACUCGGUGACGAUUUCAGGUACGACCACGCAGUCGAGUGGGAUCAACAGUACACUAAUUACAAAAUCCUGAUGGACUAUAUAAACAGCCGCAAAGACGAGUACAACGCAGAAGUGAUAUUUGGUACACCGAAAGACUAUUUCCGCGAGAUACAAAAACGCGUGAGCAAGUUUCCAUCGCUGACGGGCGACUUUUUCGUGUACUCAGACAUCUUUAGCGAGGGCAGACCGGCCUAUUGGAGCGGCUACUUCACCACUAGACCGUAUAUGAAGAUUUUAGACCGCGAGCUUGAGGCGAACCUCAGAUCUGCCGAGAUUCUGUAUACAAUCGCGCUGAAUCUGGCCAAGCAGUCAAACAAGGAUAUCAAACUUUACGAGACAUACUUUGAAAAGCUGGUGAAGGCGCGGCGGAAUCUAGGUCUGUUCCAGCAUCACGACGCGAUUACCGGCACCUCCAAGUCCUUCGUCAUGAAAGAUUAUGCGCUGAAGCUGUUCGAAUCGAUCUCCGAUACCACGAGCUUGCAAAGUUUCGCCAUUCAAUCGCUGGCGGCCGUCACAAACGGCAAGUCGAACUCUGUUUACGUGCUAGCCGAGUCUGAUAGAGACAGCUACGAGAAACUACCGAAGAAGAUUCCGAUUGGCGUGAACGGUCACGAGACCAGAAAGAUCGUUCUUUUCAAUCCGCUCGCGCAACCCAGGCAGGAGGUGAUUAGUCUCAAGAUCACUUCGUACAAAAUCAAGGUCCUGGAUCCUCAGAAGAAUCCCAUCCCCUAUCAGAUCGCGCCCGUGAUGAACGCCACGAGCAUCACGCACGACGUGUACGUGCUGCUCUUCGUGGCCGAACUGAAGCCUCUGUCAAUCGCCACGUAUCAUUUGCAGCAGGUCGACAAGGUACCGGUGGAGGCGAUUUCAACGGUGUACUGCAGCCGCUGCGGCAAGGACAACGUCUUCCCCAUCAAGCCGAUGCAGGUGGGCGACGUGCAGCUGGAGAAUCAACGAAUGAAGUUGCUGUUCGACGGGCAGACCGGCUUCCUGAAGCGCGUAACGAAGAAGUCCACCGGCAAGAUUAUGCAGUGCGCGGUGCAGUUCGCAGCGUACCCGUCGGCGCAGUUCCACAGCGGCGCUUAUCUCUUCAUGCCGGACCCGAACCUCCGCGACACCGACAAGGACGUGCUCGAGGCGUACACGCCGCACCAGAAGAUCUACAUCGUCAGCGGCGCCCUGAGCUCCCGACUCACCGUCGAAUACGGCAGACUGCUGACGCACCACGUGGCCAUUUACCACCGCGACGGUGGCCUCGGCGAGGCUAUCUACCUGCGCAACAUCAUCGACUUCGAGACGCCGCCGAAGAACCGCGAGACCGAGAUGUUUAUGCGCCUGCAAACCGACAUUUCGAACGGCGAUCCGCCCGAAUUCUACACCGACCUGAACGGCCAUCAGAUGAUCAAGCGCACCAAGAUCGAGCGCAUCGGCAUCGAAGGUAACUACUUCCCUAUCACGACUAUGGCCUACAUCGAGGACGCGAAUCACCGGCUGACACUGCUGGUGAACCACUGCCAAGGCGCAGCGAGCUAUCAACCCGGCUGGCUGGAAGUGAUGCUGGAUCGCAGAACUCUGUACGAUGAUUCGCGAGGUAUGGGCGAGGGUCUGCUGGACAAUCGGCGGACCGUCAUCAAGCACUGGCUACUGCUGGAGGACAUCAGCGGCGAGAAGGGCACGUACUCGAGGCCGUCGCUGUUCGCUAACCACCUGAGCAACGCUCUAAACUACCCGGUGAACAUCUUCGUGGUGGACGGCAGCGAGCAAGAGGUCACGAUGGCACCGGAAGUUCGACUGCUGAGUCAGAGUUUUCCGUGCGACCUUCACUUGUUGAACUUGCGCACCAAUCACGAUCAGAAACUACCGCAUUUCCCGGUGAACAGUGCUCUCAUGGUGCUACACCGGCAGGGCUACAGCUGUUCCGUCGGCGUCGACGUGGUGCUGAAGCACUGUCCUCUUACGGAGAGACUCGCGCAGGGAACCGCGUUCUACAAGCUCGACAAGGUCAACAUUACGAAGACCUCGUUGACCGGCACGAGGCCGGGGACCCGCCUCAAGGAGGGAUUCCAGGAGAUCGGACUGCAGCCGAUGCAACUCGAAACGUACAACGUGAACUUCGUGCAAUGAUCCUAAGCCUGUCGAUCGGCCGAUGAUCGCUCGUCGCGUCCGUGUUAAUCGGCUGAAAUUCCGACAGUGCGCGUCUGCCCGCUUCCAAACGACACUGCCGAUAUAAUCGUACUAAAUGCUACCUCUUUGACUUUUACGCGCGACACUGUUGGCGGUGGAGGACACAAAAAUGCUUCCGGAAGCGAUAGAAAAGUGCGCAGGUAAUUAUUUACCUAAAUUUCUCGCGGAAUAGUAUGGGAUAAGAACGAAGGACAAAUAGUAUUCAACUACGAAUAACAUACGACGAUUAGAACAUAAUUGAUUCAUUAAUUGAUUAAAGAUUUGUUUAAUACAAGAAAUCUUGAAGAUUUUUCAUCAAUUUUUAACGCUUUAUAGUCCUUAUCAAUUUCUUUUUUGGCUUAGAAAUAAAUUCUUUAUACUAUUUUCUUUAUAUCCAAUUUCUUUUCUUAAUCGCUACUCUUGUAAAAAAGGAAACGAAAGUUUUAUAACAUGUCGAAGAUUUAUAAAUUCGUGUACGAUAAAUCUCGCGAGUUAUUGAAAUAAGCAUUAACUUAGAAAUUUUCCACGCUAUUCUAUGUCGAGAGUGAGUUUAGCGAAGUUUUGACGCGAUUUCAGUUGCAUUGCGUUUUGCAAGAAAACUUGAAAAAACGGUGAGAAAGUGUGCAUGUAAAUAUUUCGAAUGCAAAACGAUUAAUUAUACGACAAUUGUGACAAACGUGCAACGCGUGCGUGCACUAUUGUAUAUAUUACUCCUGUACGUUGUAUCCUUACGUUUUAUUAUCGAACGGCAGGAAUAUGGGAGGUAUCGUGAGGAAGAGAGAAGGGGAGAGGCGAGAGGAAAAGAUAUGUACACGUAAAUAUAUAAAUAUAUUAGUGAUUUACUCUAUUCGAAGUCUGAAAGAUCUAAUUAAUAUAUGCGUAUAUAUUAGAUCUAAUUAAUGUACGUAUUA